AUGGGAUGGGCUGACAGCCUCCUCGCGUUUGCUCGCGAUGAGAGAGUGGUUCUCGUGACCUUGGGUCUCGCUACUUUUGGUGUUGUGAGUACAGUAUUUACUGCACUCACAGUCAUUCGCGACGACAAUGAAAUUCCCCCACCACAGCCUAAGACGCAGUACAUUACUCAGGAUACCGAGGAUUCAUUAAAGAUCGAGACUCUUGAGAAACUAUUGGAUCAUCCGAACUUCUCCAUCAGAGAGGUCGCAAUCAAGAUUCUUUGCGAUCGAGCCGUCAACGAUCCUGAGACAACUCAUACACUGCUUUUUGGCAUCACCCGGCCAGAUUAUGAUGAGAGGAUGCGAUGCCUUCGGGCGUUAGCUCUGCUUACUGGACAGACUAUUGGUUUGGACGGUCUUUCCAAAUUACACAAUCCCAAAGCCUACUCCGCGCUGGUCAGGUCUUUGGAGCUGAGUUUGGACGAUAUCGAGCGACCGGAUCUCACCGACAGCCAUUGGGACGAGUACUACCUCCGCGACAUGGCCGAGAGAUUCUGCCUGAUGUUCAUUCUGGAGCUCGUCAACAAGUACGGCGCUAUCUUGCUGAUCAAGGCACGCUUUGUCGAAAAGUGGCUAGCAAAGCAAGAUUGGGGUGCCACCCCGGAAGAGAGACGCCGCAGCUUCAAGGACUAUAUGACGCUUAAGGCAAACAGAAUUGUCGAAAUUGUUGAUCGAAUCAAGGAGAACAGACGAGGUCUCCGGGCUUUGGAGAAAGCAGGGUUGAUUGACAAGGAAAACUCGAGACGCAGGAUUCGAGAGUUGCCGGACCUCAUUAUGGAGAUUGAAGAAGAAGCAGGGAACGUACCGGUUGUCGAAUCACAGGUCACGCGUACAAGGGAGCAUUCUGCUGAAGAACAGCGACUGCGACGCCAACACCGAGAGGCAAUGGUACUCAAUGAUGGUACUCGACCAUUGGCGCGCGAAGAUAUUAUCGAGCGAGAACAUACUUCACCAGCAUAG